CGCUGGGCUACAGCGAUGGGCUCUGGCGGGCUUGUGGCGCGGCGACUCGGGUCGCUGCUGUGGUGCAGGGCCCUUUCCCCGGGAGCUGGGCCUUCGGCGGGCCCGGGGCCCCGGCUUGGGCUGCUGGCCGCGGGGUGGUAUAAGGCGGGACCGGCGCUCGGCCGGGCCUGCCUGACUCCCGAUCACGCGCGCGGCCUGCACGGCGGACCCGGCCUGGAGGAGCGGGCUCAGGGGGCAGCCGGUGAGGGGCAGCCGGAGUCAAGCACAGCAGAUCAUACUGGCCCCAAGUUUGACAUCGAUAUGCUGGUUUCACUUCUGAGGCAAGAGAAUGCAAGAGACAUUUGCGUGAUCAAGGUUCCUCCGGAAUUGAAAUACACAGAUUACUUUGUGAUUGGUAGUGGAACAUCUACCCGACACUUGCAUGCCAUGGCCUACUACAUUGUGAAAAUGUACAAAUACUUGAAAUGUAAAAGCAAACCUCAUGUUAAGAUUGAAGGGAAGGACACUGAUGACUGGCUGUGUGUGGACUUUGGCAGCAUGGUGAUUCAUUUGAUGCUUCCAGAAACCAGAGAGACCUAUGAAUUAGAGAAAUUAUGGACCCUACGUUCUUAUGAUGACCAGUUAGCUCAGAUAGCACCUGAGACAUUACCCGAAGACUUCAUUCUUGGAAUAGAAGAGGACACUUCAUCCCUGACUCCAGUGGAGUUCAGAUGAGAAUAAAAUGAUAUGAACUGCUUUAGUCAUUAUCACAUUUGGAUUGAGUCACUUAAAAAUGUAACUGAAUGAAACCCCACCUACUUGGUCAGGUUGUUGUCAAAACAAGUCUUAUUUAUGGGCACUCAUGCUAAAUGAAUGUGGAAAUUGUAGGUAAGUGAGCUAAUCCUCACACCAAGAAUCAAUACGUUCAAAUUAAAAUUUUAAUAUAUUGUUUUUAUUCCUGAGAUCCCAGCAGGAUUUCUGGGAGCUAACACUGGCCCCGGCCUCUGUGUUCUCUGUUCACAGUUUAAUUAAUUUUGCGUAAGUGUAAAUCUUAUUCGGUAGAAUGGAAUAGCCAGGUUUUGGGGUUUUUUUUUAAUAAAGCAGAAAACACAUAACUGCCCCACUGGUGUUGUUACUUAAAACCUACAGGUUUUAGUUCAUAUGUACCAAUAUUAUAAAGAUCCAAAGUAAGUACUAUGGAAUGUAGAAAAUAAUGUACCACUUGAUAUUGGUACUUGCCUUGAGACUGACGUAGUAUUACUAAAAAUCUGUUUAUAGUUUGACCAAAUUUGAACAUUCAUGUUUAUUUGAAAAACCAGAAAUAAAAGAUACCAUACACCAAGCUGCACCUAAUGAUGAAAAACUUUAUUCUGCAUCAAGGUAUCUGAAAAAUGAAGCUGCAUUUGGGGCACAUUACAGAUGAGGAAUGAUCCAUGUGCGGUGAGUACAAAACUCAAUUACAGAAUUAGAUACUCCAUUACCAUUGCUUAAUUAAAAGUAAAACAUGAUUUGCCACACUAAAGGCUAGAAGUGAAAUAUGACAAAAUUUUAAACCAGCAGAUAUAAAUGCAGCACCUAUCUGUGUGUGUGUGUAUACACACACACACAACAACAACAACAAAUAUGGGAAAAAUCAAACACUGAGGAAGAGCUCUGGCCUAACCACAUCUCACCUGAAAUCCAACCAGAAAGCCAGUCUGAUUUUAAUUUUUGCAAUUCAUUGUAUGAAAACAUUAUGAAUGCUAUAUGAAUCGUGUGACAAAGGGCACUUUUUGGCUAAAACUACAAAAUAAACUGGUUUUCUGGAAACAUUUAGGAAAACAUUUCAAGUCAUUUUCAAAAUGUCUAA